CGAUGAUUCGAGAGAAGGAUGGGGCGGUUGACGAAGAGAAGAAGAGGAUUCAGGAGCGGAAAACCAUCGAGAUGGAAAAUUGUCGACAAACGUUGUUUGGAAGGAGCGAGAAGAAGCAACGUUUACGUGAAAUACAUAUCGAUCGCAGAGAAGCAACGGAAGCGAUAAAAGUUGAGCAGGAUAAAAAAGCCUUUGAGCUGAAAGUUAGUCAGGGUGAACGUGCACGGCGAUUGGCCGAACAACUGUCGGUUCGUAAACAUUUCGAAUUGGGAGAAUUUUUGGAAAAGAGGAAAGCAAAGUACGCGAGUUUGGUAAAUCGGUCCGUGGAGAAGCUGGAAGCCGGAUUAACCGAGGAGAGAAAACGAGACCGGAAGGCGUUAAAUUUAAACUUGUUUAACGUAUGGCCUUACAUCGAUCAUUUCGACGCGAAACAAGAAGAAGAGAAGAAACUGAAUUACAGAAGAGAAUUGGAAAACCAGCUGAUUGAUAAUCGUCGGAUGCAGCGCGAGAAGGAGGAAGAGAAACACCGGGAGCGCAAAAUAUCGGAGGAUGUUGGAGAAACGUUGCGCAAAGAGAACCUAGAAGCAGAGAAAUCGAACAAGGGCACUGCUCUCCUGUUGCAAGCCGAAAGAGAGGCCUUUAUCAAGGCUAGGCAAAUAUGGAAAGAAAAACGAAAGGAAGUUCUCGGAGAGGAGUACGAUCAGAUUUCACGGAUAAUUGGGAAAAAGGAGGUUCUGCGAAAGGAAGAAGCCCGGCUAAAGAUCGAUACGCGCGCAAAGAAGGACGCGACGAUAGAAACGAUAACGAAUAAGAUCAAGAACGAGGAAUACAAGAAACUGGAACGCGAAGAAAUUACUCGUGAGUUGUAUCUGGCAGAGAGGGAAGAUGAAUUGGCAAACGAGGCGGUAAAGCUAGCGUUUAAGAAAAAGCAAACUGCGACACAACUGUUGCAAGAUAUGGCGAGGCAUCGGAAAGCUGUUGACGAAAGAAAAGCGAAAGAAGAUGCAGUCGAUGCAGCGUUCGGUAGAUAUCUGGCCGACGAACGACGAAAAUUAGAGGAACAGGAAAAGCAAAAAGAGCUUGCUCGUCGCGAGAAAAGUAUACGAUACGGAAACGAAUUAAGAGAGACUAUAACGAGGAAUAGAAUAGAAUAUUUACAAGAGGUUGCGCAUACGCGAUCCGGAAUAGAUCGAAAGGAGGUAAGCGGUAAAGAGGAAGACGGCAGAGUCACGCGGAAAGGAAAACGCGAUGCGGAAGUCUGCGCGAACCGUAAAAGCAAAUGUUACUCGGAAAUGGAUCUUGAAACUUGGGAAGCACAACAAUCGAACAACACGGUACACGCAUAAAUUCUUUCUUUCUUUCUUUCUUUCUUUCUUUCUUUCUUUGU